AAACCGUACAAAAUAUGGCAAUAAUUUUUGGCAAAACCUUGCAACAGCUACCUUUGUAUGUUUCUUUUCGUCGUGCGUUAUCCUUCGCGCAGCUGACCGUUCUUAGAUUGUGAAACUAGAUAAGGACGCCAUUAGUCCGAAUCAGUGUGUUGUGGUUGUGUGUUGUGCAGUGAUGGUGCCGAAAAAAGCAUGCCUUCGAACGAUUGACGAUGUGAAAGGCGAUUAAUUCGUUACGGCAACUGUUUCUGGUGUGGUUUUCGUUUUUUUUUCUUCUGUUGUGUGUGAUGAUCACUAGCCAGUGGUUGCCGUUCUUGUUCGUUCAUUAGUCAUCGUUAAGAGUACCGCGGUAGCACUUUGGCCAGAGUGUGUCGUUUUUGGCAUGAUAUCGAGUGCACACCCGUACGUGGCGGAUGUGACAUGAUAGUUAAUCAUGUCGGCGGAUGACGAGUCUCUGACUUUUUGUAUCAUUUUGUGCAUGUGUGUAAUUAAUUGUGCGCAGCAAAGCAAUCAACGUGUAAAGUGUAUCACCUGUGUGUGAAAGACAUGAAAAGCGCGUACACAUACGUUCGUCAUGGGUCCCAAAUUAUGGGUCACUUUCUCUUGGCGUUAGCUAAUUUUUGGUGCUUCGAUCGAAUGAUUAUGAAUGUGUUUGUGUUGUAAAAAAGCGGGAGGAAGUGUAUGUAAAAAAAGCCUUCCACCACCAUAUCUAAGCACGUUCCACCGGGUUAAUAAACGGAGGCUUUUAAAAAGAAUAAUAUUACUUUACGCUUAAAUUUCAGUUCCGUUUAUAUUUAUUUUUUGCAUGAAAGUAGUUUUUUCUUAUGUACAGAUAAAGCAUCUGUAAGUUUUACAAAGCUUGUGUCCGCUUUAAUAAGUUAAAUGUGUGUGCCUAUGUGUGUAAGUAACUAUCGGGACAACGCAAAAAGAACUUGUGCAGUGUAGGAUUUGUUCAGUGUAUCUGCGUGUGUUUGUAGAAGUAUGUUCCGCGUAUCACCACAUAGAAAGUAGAACCAACAAAAAAAGCCUUAACUAGAGUUGUUGGAAGACACAGAAUACAGAAAAAAAACUUUAACUACGCCGUGCACAAAAGACGUGUACAGCGGAAGAAGAGUUACUUCCGGUUUGAAUAAGUUUUGAAAGGCUUCAAAAUUCGGGUCAAAAAUCGAGAACCUGUGCCCGUGUACGCGGGCAUGGAGGCUAGUGUUUGCCGUAUGGAAAGGGACAUUGACUCCGAUCUAGGUGAUGAUUCGCCCCUGUCCACCAACACAGCAGACGAGCAUUCCGAUCACGAGACGGAUCCAGGCCGGGACGGAGAGUCGAGCGACGAGGGCGUUAAUGUGAAUCGCCCGUCCCCGGACUCAAAGAUGACAUCCGGCAUGGAAUUUGGCAGAAGUCCAGACCAUCACUCGGAGCUAAGUCAAGCGACAGCAGCAGCAGCGGCCGCAGCGGCAGCAGCCGCGGCCCAGUUCGGUGCAAACCAUCCGCUGGGAGUGCUCAGCAAUCUGACGGCGCUCAACAUGAACAUGCCGGGAUUGUCCGGGUUGGCGUCUGGGCUUGCAUCAGGCCACCAUGGCGAUGUGCUCGAGAAGCUAAAAAUGCAGGUGCGCGACAUGAAGGUGGGAGCGCUGAUGGGUGAACAAAUGGCGGCCGACUUUGCAGCACUUCAUGCUGCUUCGUCUCCCUUCGGUGCAGCACUGGCUGCCAGUGCCGCCAAUGGAGUUGGCAAUGGAUUGGGAAUGUUCGGUUCCGGUAGAGAGGAACCUCGUGGUGGAAGUGGUGGCUCUGGUUCUAUGAAUAAUGGGAGUGGUGGUGGAGCUAGUGGAGGAGGAAGCUCACAAUCGCAAACAGGAUCGCAGAACGGUGGUAAUUUUUCUUUCACCCUACCGAAUGCACCGAUCAGCAAGGAUGGCAAUCCCGGUUCCAAUUCGUCAACCUCGAGCGAAACGUCGAACUCGUCCCAACAAAACAACGGCUGGAGCUUCGAGGAGCAAUUCAAACAAGUACGACAGCUGUACGAAAUCAACGAUGACCCAAAGCGGAAGGAAUUUCUGGACGAUCUGUUCCUGUUCAUGCAAAAGCGAGGCACACCUAUUAACCGCUUGCCGAUCAUGGCCAAGUCGGUGCUGGACUUGUAUGAGCUAUACAACCUGGUGAUUGCACGCGGAGGUCUCGUCGAUGUUAUUAACAAAAAGCUAUGGCAGGAAAUCAUCAAAGGACUGCAUCUUCCUUCUAGCAUUACCAGCGCUGCAUUUACACUACGAACACAGUAUAUGAAGUAUCUCUAUCCGUACGAAUGCGAGAAGAAGAACCUGAGCACACCGGCCGAGCUGCAGGCGGCCAUCGAUGGCAACCGACGCGAGGGUCGUCGCUCUAGCUAUGGCCAGUUUGAUUCGCCAUCCGUACAACGCUCACCGAUUCCGCAGGGUAUUUCACAGAUGCCGCCCCUGUCGCUGGUGUCACACGUCAACCAGCAGCAGCACCAUCACCGGCUGCUACCACCGGUCGCCCAAAUGCCGAAUAUAUUGCCGGCCGAGUUUGAGCAACGUAUGCUCAACUACAUCAAGAUGUUCCAGCCGAAGGAGAUGAGCCGUGCACAGAGUCCGGACAAACUAUCCGCCCUGAAUGCGAUCGAUAUUUCGCGUGUGGCACUCUGGAACAUGUACAAUCCGAGUCCGAAUAGUCCACCGAACUCGCUUAACACUAGCCCGGAAAACAAUAUGCAGAGUGCUCUCGAUCUUUCGGAAUCUCCUGAUCAUGCAAUGUCAUCGAUCAAACGCGACCGGGAUCAUCCGGUUGAUUUUAGCGAUCCGCGUGACUAUGGAAAUGGAUUAGGACCGCCGGCCAAACGUAGCCACCAUCAUCACCAUUCGCAUCACAACCGGUCGCUAACGCCACAGAAGCUAAACAGUUCCUCGCACGAUGAAGAUGAUGCCCGGUCGGACAGCACGCCGAUCAACCUGCGCGAGAAUGGUACCCAUGGACGCCGCCCCACACUAGACGAUGAUGGCGAUGACGAGGAAGACGAGAUGGAGGACGAAACAACGGAAGAAGACAUGUUGCGCGCGCAGUUUGCUGCUGCUGCCGCUGCCGCAGCCGUUAAUCAGCACCCGCUCGCACUCAGCCUUGCCGAUCAUCAUCUUCAGCAACAGCAACAGCAUCAGCAGCAGCAGCAACAACGGGAACGCGCUCAGCAGCAGGUUGCAGCACAGCGUGAACAGCAACAGCACAGUCUGGCAACACUGGAUCUAAGCAUACUGGAUCGUGAGCGGCUACGUUGUGAUAGUGCUGAUAAGUUGAAGCGUCAGAGCCAGCAACAUCAACAACAGCAGCAGCAGCAGCAGCAGCAACAGCAAAAUCAACAACACCAACAGCUGUUGGAUCAGCAUCACCUUCACCAAAGGCAAUUGCAAUCGCAAUCGCGUGUCGCGCGGGAACUUCUAAAGCAUGAAAAUGGUGACCGGCUCAGCUUGACACCGGACAGUGAGUUGCACCAUUCGAAGAAUAAUCUUUCGGCUAAGUUUGGUGGAACUGGUACAGGAUUGACCGAUCCCUUUAGCUCACCGCUCGGAAUUUCUGGAAUGCAGUUUAAGCUGAUCAGUCGAGGUGAUGCCAGCAAGGGUGACCAGAAGCUUGUGGUGACGAUGGAGUUUAACGGCGUCCAGUAUGAAGGUGUCCUGUUUGCCAAUCCACUAUCCUCCGCCAACUUAUCCGCACCGACCUCAACACCGCCCUCCUCGUCCGUAUCGGCUACCUCGGCUUCCCCGAUCGGUUCCAUGGUAUCGCCGGUCAAAUCCAGUGCUGCUCUCAUCUCACCCCUGGAUGAUCGUGAUUCGGCCGCCACUACUACCACCACCACCACCAACGUGGACAUCCCGAUGGCACCACUAUCCUCAUCGAAUGGCACUACCAACAACAGCACCACCAGCACUAUCACCAACUCCACUGGCAACAGUCUCGCCGCUAGCAGUAGUGCUACCGCUUCCAAUACCUGCAUCCAGCAGCAACAGCAGGAUAGUGUGAUUCCGACUGUACCCGUUCAUCCGACGGUCGGUGGUGCAACCAGCCCGGCAAGAUCGAUGGUUUCAUAGGUUUGUGAUCGCUCCGAGUGUUACCCGGGUAGUGUGAGCAGCAACCUGUUACCGAACCGAGCUCUCUUGCUUAUUAACCCCGUUUCUGAUAAAGCAAAACCAUGAAAAUACGCGCACGGGACAUACAGUGCUCUCUUCUUCUCAAUGUCCGUGUUCUAGUAAUUCCCUCAACCUCGCUUUUUCGCCGUGUUUGGCGUGUUUAAAUGUUUCUCAAAGGACGAAGGUGAAGAGAUAGUAAUCCACGCGCGUUUGCCUUCUCGCAAUCAGCUGCUUGAUUCCGUUUGUGCAGCCCGGAUCGGAUGUUAGUGUGUAGUUAACGAAGCGAAUAACUUAUACCCGUUGACGAUAAAUGAUGAUGAUAAUAGGACUUAAUGUAAACCCGUUCAAUGUGGUGCUCAGGUGUGCGCCAAAGCAUUCAGCAUCUACAUUGACACAUCCUUAACAAUAGUGUACCGCUUGUGUGGUACAUGUUUUAUUGUAUACAUAUUUUCCCCACGGCUAGCAUUAUUUUAUCAGGUUUGAUUGUCUUUCUUUUACAUGCUUUAUGUGCAAAAUAAUUUAAUGCAUUUCACAAUCAUUCGCAUUGUAAUUAUUAUCGAACCGCAUCAUCAUCAAACUACAACCAACACUGCUCGGAUGUAAAUUUACUACCAGCGGUAGAAAAUCUGUAAAUGAUCAGCAAAUAAUACUUACAAAACCGGGCAACACAUUUACUAUGCACCAUGAAAGGAAGGUGUGCCUGCGUCUGAUAAUGAUAAUUGAAGGCAUCCGUUUAGCCGUUAGUGCGGAAGAGAUAAUUUUUCUUUUUGUUUAUAUAAGAUGCUUUAUCAUUACGCUCCCGUAAGCAUAUAGGCAUAGUAGUAGCACUUUCCCUUUUCGACUGUAUUUCCCGGGCACUGGAAAGCGAAGAUACGCUUGAUAGAGAAACGCUCGUAAAAGAAUAGAUCGAGAAGGAAACGGUACGGUUUUCUUCUUUUGCUACAUCUCUCCAUCAACAGCAGACAUCAUACACACAGCAGGAUAUCGUUUUGUCCUUGUGUUCUUUUGCGUAUGUUUGUUUGUUUCUAUUUCUUUUGUUUUAUUUUAUGUUUUUUUGUUUUGUAAUAUGCUCUUCUUCAGUACCAAAAAUUAUGUUUAAUGCUUGUGAGACACGAUACAUUCAUUUUAUGUGUGUAUUUUCUUCAUUUUCCUGUCUCAUUUACACUUACUUUACGUUCAUCUUCAUCCAUUACGUGUCGCUGAUGGGUAAAAGAAGGUAAUAGGCAAACAGAUCAUACAAACAGGACACACGUUUAUACGAAAUUGUUUUAGAAUCACUUUAGCAUGGUUUUGUCUGUUUUCUUUAUGUUGCUUUUUUUUCUCCGCGUUGGGGAAUGGAAAGGGAGAGAUUGAUAGACAAAACGCUAGUAUAAAUACAUAAAGGAAUAGAAAGCUAGGAAAGGCAGCAGCGCAUAUAAUAACAUGUAAGAGCUGUUGAGAGUAGAGUUUUUACUUGCUUAUCAGGCAAUAAUUUGAAGGUGAAGAAAAAAAAUGCGGAGAAGAAACAGUAAUUAGUUUAGUAGCUAUAUAGACUUCUCCCUAUUAGUUGUACAAUGUAAGUGUUAGUGGAAAACAAGAAAAACAAAUAUCACUUCCGAAGCAUAAUGGUAGGCUUGAUUCGAACAAAGAACGAUUAGAACACAAUUGGAAAAUUAAGUAUACUAAACAAAUCAAAAUACACAAUGAAAGUAUGUUGUAGUUUACGAAACAAGAAAAGCUAAAACCACACAGGCUACUAAUUGACGCUUUAUGUGACGCGUGUAUGGUAGAAGGAAAAAUCACAACAACAAGGAAGGAAAUAUAUCAACUUCUACAAAAACAGACGAAAAAUGCGCCAACUUGCGGCAAGUUUGCGUGCGUAGUGUAUUGAGAGGAGCAAAGCAAAGAAACGAAAAGAACAAAAAACAAACUUGCAGUUUAGCAGCAAGAAAAGUAGCAAUUCAACUUAUGUCACGCUUUUUUCCCUGGUAGGAUUUUGUUUAAGUUUCGUUUUUUUUCUUAUAAAAUGGUUUUAGCAUAAACGGCUGUUCAAUUUUUCGACGUUCUUUUUCCGCAUUGUGGGCAGUGUCUGAACGAAAGCUAGUGAAUACACACAAGAACAACGGAAAAGGAUAAAAGAAUCGUUUUUUACUUUUGUCUUUAAUAUUUCAAUAAAUUAAUGCACUUGUAUUAAAACA